AUGUUCAGGGCAGAAGCACCCGUGCUUUUGCAACGCCAUCCCCACAUUUCUCCUCUUCUUCCCCCAACGCCGUCUGUCUGGUACAUCAUGGCUAAGCUCCCUCAUGCUGCAAUUGAAGAGAUGCUAUUAGCUUUCUUUUGUGUUUGUGACUUUAUCUUGAUUGCUAUUGCAUUGACGGCCUUGUUGAAGACGAACACACUCAGCCCGCUCCCAACGUUCACCGCGUUUCUUGCUACCUUUGCUUUUGGCGUGUUCGCAGUUUCGGUGGCGAUCGCUGCUUACACGCAUGUUCGUACACGGUAUCCUAUCUCUCGUCGAAAUAUCAAGGGCAUGUGGACGUUCGGCAUCUUGUUCUUCCUCGCACUCGUGGCAAUUAUCCACGCAGCGCUACGCAUUUCCCGAGGGGCCCUUUGCACGGACUACCAAGCUCUGCCAUCUUCAUGCAGCUUUGGAGGAUUGACCCUCGCGCUUUGGUGCUUGAUUGCGCUGAUUGGUGUCUGUGGGACUGUUGUUUCAUAUUUCCACGUUGAAGAAGCUUGCAAGAUCACACCUUAUCCUAAUAACUACCAGGCUACUACAUAUAGCACCCCAUCCUACCCUCAGCGGGCGUAUCACUUGUCUCCUAACAGGGGAAUGCACCAUCCUUCAGAAUAUCAUUUUAGAGCCUUGUAG